AUGUCAUCAAGUGAAUAACAAAACAAGUUGAUUGAGAGUUUUUAGUUAUGUUCUAGGAUAAAUAAAAGGGAAAAUAUUUAUAUAUUUCACUUGAAUAGUCAUAUUUUUGCUGUAUUGUAGUUGAAAAUCAAUUACAAAUGUAUCAACAAUAUUUAAACCAGGCAGUUCGCACGCUGCAAAACCUUAGUUCUGACGAGCUGAAGGAUUUACUGAAUGAUGACGAUAAAUUAGAGGAACGAGUUAAUCAAGCCGUCGAGGCACUGGAAUUAGAGAAGGAUGUAUUGCUCGGGCAGAACCGUAGCUUAGCCGACAGUAAUUUGGAAAGAGAACCGAAACUGAUUGAACUCCGCUCUAGAGUGAACGAUCUUUCCGAAAAAGGAGAGACAAUAGCAAACUCAGUUAAAUCAAAGUCGAGUGAUUUGAUGUCACAAUCUAAAAAUACGAACCCAGAAACAGUUUUAGCCUUAUUACAGACAGCUGCAGCUGAAUGCGAGGAAGAAUCUGAGAGAAUUGUUAAACAAUUACUCGAUAAUGACAUUACUAUUGAUGCAUAUCUAGAACAGUUUAUGAAUUCUCGCAAGACAAUGCACAGUAGGAAACUGAAGGCAGAGAAAAUGACCGAAUUACUCCGUAGUAAAACAAAUCAGUACCGACCCGGAGCUGUGACUGGUUCUCAUGCAUCACCUUAUCCAUCUCAGGUCAGUGGAUUCUAUCCACCGAUACAUCAGCCAGCAACCGGUGCAGUACCGUACCCUAUUGGACCUAUUUCAAUGCCAAUGCCAGGAAUGUUUGGACCACCGUAUUGAUAGGUCUUAUUGGAGACAUUACAUUUGUCCCGAAUGUAGCAUUACUGGUUUUAUGGUUGUUCGCCGAAAUUACAUAAAUUCAAUGUGACAUCCAAGAUACAUAUAUACAUAAAAUGAGACGUUGUCGCAAUUAACUGUUUUCGCUUUGAAUUCUUAUCCACUUUUCAAUUAUAAUGUGAUACUUUAU